UUCCACGUUACUUCAUCCGUUCAAUAUUCCCACAUUUUAUCAUUUCCUAACCAAUCCUCAUUCCGGGAUGACGAGUUGGCACUAAGGCAGGAAAGCUGGUCACCAAGACGCGGAGCAAUAUCUCUUACCCCUCAAACCAAGAGGAGCAAGUCACUUCUCCAGAUAAACAGGAUUUAUUAAUUUAACCGAAGUGUCCGCGUCGGUAUUUUCAAGAUGUUCAACAAUGAUGUGAUGUCAAUGACAGACCUAUUCAAUUUUCUCAACGACAACCAUGCGGUCGAAAAACCUCCAACUUCAUCGUCUUCGGAUAACCAGAACUUCUCCGUGGGAGUGAAGAUGACAACGAAAAUUAAAACAAUGAGAACCAAAAGUCGGUUGAACCCGUACUUGAUGGACGAUGUCGACGGGGAUAGACAGCGCAAGACUCAAAGCACGCAGGCAAAAUAUCCGAGAAUCCCUAAGCAUACGCUGCAAUUUCGCGUUGUGGAAAGCAAGGCACCGAGCAAUGUUCAACCGCCGAACGUUUCAUCCCCUCCAUCGCAAACCGAACCUCUGAAAGACUUGGAUUUCAUCAAUGAACUCCUGGACCUCUGCGACAACGAGCUGAUGGACAGUGUACCCGAACAAUCUGGGAACGACAUUUUUGAAAAGGCCUUGGCUCAUUCCGGGAUCUUCGAUUCACGGGCCGAAGACUCCGUGUGGUCUUCGACUCCGGCGGUUCAACUCAGCGUUCCAAAGAAUACUGAAACAGCGUCCGACAAACCCCGCGUUAACCAGUCGCACACCGCACCACAGAUAACGAUCAACGGAUCUCGGGGAAAGCCGAGAACCCGUGGAAGACCCCGAGGGUCUGGGAACCCUGACCGACGAGGUCGGGGCCGCGGGUUGCAGCGGGUGACCAGUUCUGAUCAAUUAUUAGCUAGUCAUCAUCAAACAAAGCCCAGUUACAGCCACGGCUUCUCGCCAGCAGCAAACAAUCGUAUACAGGAGAAGACUGUCAAGGCCCCACGAUCUCCGACCGGGCUUUCGGAUGUGGAAGUUGACCUCUCGGAAGUUGAGGACGUCGGACUGAUCGAGUAUUUUGACCCAGACGUUCAGACCAGCACUGAUGAGGAAACAGACAUGGAUAAUUACGAUUCUGACAAUGAUAACAGCAAAAAGCAAGGCCGAGGCAGGCCCCCGAUCCUCUACCCAUACGAUAACAAGUUGGACAGACCCGGGCCUUAUCGAGUGACAGUGGAGAGCACGUCGUCGGAGAGAGAAGCGGAAUGUUUCGGACCCGCCUGGCACUGCAGGGUGUAUCGCCUGGAGCAAAACUGGCCCACACACUACAGCAGGAGUCUGGAGGACCGCAGACGCCGGAUUGCCGCACUGAACAACCCGUUACCCGUGGAUAAACGGGUGCCCGAGGACAGACUCAUUGACCUCAUGCGACUGACAGGCGAGAUUUUACCAGAUUUCCUGGAUGCGAUCCGCAGCACCCAGAUCCCCGAGCGUGUCCGCUUCAUCAACAUCAUUCACCAUUCUCCACCGAAGAGUCUGGUUGCGGAGUGGUGGUCCUUGGGCCUGAUGAACAUCGUGUGCAGGAUUUCGGCAACAUCUUUCUCGUGCGGAAUAGACGGUUACCAGCUCAGCGAAAAUCAUCACAAUACAGUGUUGGAGAGUCCCGAGAUGGAAGAGCAACGGGAAGCGGAACAGGCCAGAAAAGAAUUCAACAGCUACUUCAACCAGUUGAGGAUUUACAAGAAACCUUCGGUGCACUAUGCCCAAGAUUCCCAGGUCUGGUUGAACCCAGUAACGGGGGAAUUGCAUCCCGUGACUACGAUGCCGCAAGACUUAUUUUUGAAGGAAUGGUACGAUGAUGAUCAACAUCUGAUGAGCGAGAUUCGCCGGAGACGGAUGUGAGCAGGGACGGAUAUACAGUAGUGCAUUUUAACUUUUCCGAGGAAUUCGCCAAUUUUUGAAAAAGGCUCCUCGCAUCAUUACCAAAAGUAAACUCGUGUUCAGGAAACCCGGAAUGAAAAUUUUUCGGGAGAAAUUGAAGGUUGUGAUGACCAAAUGUAUUCUUGGUUUGAAAUUGAAUCAAAGGAGAUCAGACGUUUUGAAAUGAAAUACAAUUCUGUUGCUUGUUUUA